CGUGUACACGUGCGACGCGAUCGAGUGGCGUGCCUGAAGGACGUUUGGACUGAUGCAGCUGCCAAGUUUGGCAUCCCACCCCCGCCGCCGUUCCUCUCCCUGUCCUUGGCGGACGACGACUUCCUCGCCGGCGUCAACUUUGCGUCUGGUGGCGCCGGCAUUCUGAACGAGACCGGCGUCUACUUUGUCGAGUACUUCUCGUUCGACGAGCAGAUAUCGUGCUUCGAGACUGUCAAGAGGGCGAUGAUCGCCAAGAUCGGCAAGGAGGCCGCCGAGAAGACUGUCAACGCGGCGAUGUUCCAAAUUGGACUCGGGAGCAACGACUACAUCAACAACUUCCUGCAGCCGUUCAUGGCGGACGGCACCACGUACACGCACGACCAGUUCAUCCGCCUCCUCGUUGCCACUCUAGACCGGCAGCUCAAGAGGCUGUACGGGCUCGGCGCGCGGAAGUUGGCGUUCAACGGGCUGCCCCCGCUGGGCUGCAUCCCGUCGCAGCGCGUCAAGUCGGCAACCGGGGAGUGCAUCGCCCAGGUGAACAGCUACGCCGUGCAGUUCAACGCAGCCGCCAAGAAGCUGCUCGACGGCAUGAACGCCAAGCUGCCCGGCGCGCAGAUGGCGCUCGCCGACUGCUACUCCGUCGUCAAGGAGCUCAUCGAUCACCCAGAGAGAAACGGGUUCACGACGUCCGACACGUCGUGCUGCGGCGUGGACACGAAGGUCGGGGGCCUCUGCCUGCCAGACUCGACGCCCUGCCGCGACCGCAAGGCGUACGUGUUCUGGGACGCGUACCACACCUCCGACGCCGCCAACCGGGUCAUCGCCGACCGCCUCUGGGCCGGCAUGACGACCGCGAGCGCUCCAGCUCCGGCUCCUCGCGCCGGCGCGCCCGGGCCAGCCGCGGUGCCGGCGCCUUCCCCUUCUCGGGCUUAAAGACUUGAACCCACAUUGAUGUUGAUCGAUUCCGCGUGUUUACUUCGGACAGUGUUUCAGUUUAAGCUGUGAGAUGUGGGUGACAUAUCGCAAUUUUUACGAUUUUUUUACAUUAUUUUAUACGAGUUGUUGUUUCAUAGCGAAGGACACGAAAUGUGUACGAGAAUCAAUUACACGGGGCCUUUUUCCAUAUGUGGUUCAUUUUGAGAUUCGGUUCUACACGUGUCUAUAAAUACUGAACAUAUUUGCUAUUUCA